UCUAGCGGAAGUAGGCCUCUAGAGAGCGAACACGGAAGUAGACGCGGGAGUGUCCCGGACGCUUUCACUCGAGUGCAGGCUUUUCAACUGAAAUCAACACUCAAGCCGGAGCCUCCAUCCCAAGAAACAAGAAUGACUUAUGAGAUUUUCUCUGCUGCCUUUAAAGCGCAUCUGGCUGUUACUAUCGAGCGUGAGACGAGAGCGACUUCACAGGCUGUGCUGCUUAGAAUAUCCGACUUCAUGGACGGAGGAUUAGAAGCCCAGCUUGAAAAGCUUCGGGGGAAAUUUGUAAAAAGCGGGGCUGAGAUAGAACACCACCUCCGACUCACCAUCGAGGAGGUGGUGCUGGCGGCGAUGGAGGCGAUCGUGACGGAGUUUACAAAUCACGUAGAGCAAAGGUUCAGCGCCUUCCAGUCAGAGAUGGCUGCGAAGAAAAUGAAGAAGGAUGUCGAAGGCCUGAAGCUGCAGCCGAACGCCUGUCGGAGUAGCCCGAUCACUGGGAGAGCUAAUGGCGCAGCCAACACACCUCAAACGCAGCGCUUAGGGGCAACGGAAACAGGGAGAGUAGAAGAUUCUCCUUGCUCUACUGAAGAUUCCCACGAUGAAAUGUUUGACAUGGACCAGGAACCGUGUGACCAAGAACAGCAGGGUAACAAUGUUGUCAGUAAGGUUCAUCAGCGGUGUGUCCAGACUGACAUAACAAGUUGUGAUUUGGGGGCAGAGCCAAAGACAGAACCAAAGGUAGAACCGGAGACUAUUGAACUACAGUUUUUCCCAGAAAAUGAACAAGAAGCUGUCCAGGACACACAGAUACCCUCUGAUUCUGUAGAACUAAGUGCUGACGCUGUACUCUGUGAAAAAUUGAGAGGUGAGAAAAACACUCCUGGCAGACAACAGAAGGACCAAUCAACUUCUACAUCAUUUCCACCUGUAACAAUAGCAGAUAAUAUUCAAGAUAGUGGAAUCUCUUUUUUGUCUUCAGGUGAUGUUACCUCUCCUCAUGGCAGAUCUAGCCACAUGAAACAAGAGACCACACCACAGGAUAAAAACACUAAAAAAUCAACAUCUCAGAUGAAUAUAUUAAAUUGUUUGCAAGGCAGAGUUCAGCCUCUUGUGAAGCUCAGCAGAAUAGAUGCUGAUGAAAACAUGAUGAACGCCCAAGGAAGCUGUUAUUCCCGUACAGACUAUGGGAAACGAUUCAGAGAUAAAGAGAUUCAGCAGGUACACAGUAAAGAACACAAAACAAAGUCAUCGUAUAUUUGUUCCCUUUGUAAUAAGACAUUUGACUGGAAACAUCACCUUAAAAAUCACAUGAGAACUCACUCUGGAGAAAAACCAUUUUCUUGUGAUUUGUGUGGGAAAAUGUUUGCACAGGCUGCUAAUCUUUACCAUCAUUUAACAACUCAUACCACAGAAAGGCCACAUACCUGUACUGUGUGUGGGAAACAUUUCAAACAGAAGCAUUAUUUGGAGCAGCACAAGAAAUGUCACACUGGAGAAAAACGGUUUGCUUGUAGUGACUGUGGGAAGAGAUUCACACAAAAAUAUUACCUUGUACAGCACCAGAAAAUUCAUGCUGGAGAUGCACCACAUUGCGAUAUCUGUGGGAAGAACUUUUCCAAUAUAAAAUACUUUGCACAACACCAGAGAAUUCACACUGGUGAACAGCCAUUUUUUUGUCAGGAAUGUGGGAAAGGCUUCUCAUUGAGGCAGUCUUUUCACAGGCACCUGCAGUAUCAUUCUAAUAAGGUAUUUGUCUGUACAGAAUGUGGGAAAAGUUUCACCCACAAAGACAGUCUUCAAAAACAUCACCUAAUACACACUGGCGAGAAGCCAUUUUGUUGUAGUACAUGUGGGAAAUGUUUUGCUCAAAAAGUAAAUCUUCGAAAACAUGAAAAAGUUCAUGCAAAAGAAGACUACAGUGGUGAUCUGGAUUGAAAUGCUCACAGUGAACCGAAUCAUACUUCUCCAAAAUUUGCAUAAAAGUAUCAGACUUUAUAAGUCAAUAAAAUAUGGAGAAAUGUGAGGUUAUUCACUGUUAAAAAUAACCCUAAAACUACAUUAGACCUGCUUGCACUCUCAGGAUAUUUAUAGUUCUCUCUUACAUGGGGGGAAAAAGCUGAAAUGUAGGAUAUCCGCAUUAUUGUAUCAUUAGGCAACACACAAAAAAAAAAUAAAUCUUAGAAAAGAUUUUGCACUAUGCCAUCCUAUUAAUUUAGUUGUUAUGUUUGUAGUAGAUGCCAAUGAAGCCUUUUUAUUGAAUUGUUGUCUUCACCAUAAGUAACUACUAAUCCUUUUCAUUUGAUAGUUUGUCCACCCUUCCUUUUUUCAAUGUGGAAUUUAUCUUGGCAUCAUCCGGUGCAUGGUGGGCACCAACACAGGCUGGUAGACUGGUUCUUUUAUUAUUAACAAGUCGAAACAUGUGCCUGUCAUGCCAAAGUGUUCCUAUGUUUUGUAUUUUGUAAUUUGUUUGAAUGGGUUACAAAACCAACAAGAAGAGAAUAUGUGUCGACUUUUUAUCAUUAUUUUAAACCAUAUAUUGAUUUCGAGCACUGGUAAUUUUGCUUUGUGUUCGUUAUCAUCUUAUACUUACUAGCAGGCAUCUUUGUAGAAAGUUGACCUGCUUUUAACUGCAUAGACUUGCAUAUUUAGUUAUAGUAAUUUUGAUCAAUGUACAAAAUUGACUUCCUUAAUAGCAGCAUCUAAUAGCUAAUACAAAAUUCCAGUUCUGUUCCUGUAAUGCCUGAAUUUUAUUUUGUUAUCAAACUCUAAUUAUAUGUUUUAAGUUACUACCGAUUUAAAAAUAGACAAGGGAAGAGGCUAACUGACUUGAUACGACACUAAAUUACACUGAAAGGCACAUGGGGUACGUUUGGGAACCCGAAAGAUGAAAGGUAGGGUUAUCUGUAUCCUUUAUGCUGUCUGUAAGGUUAUUAAUGGCUCCUGCCACAAAGGAUUCAUUUACUCAGUUGCUUUUUUUUAUAUAGUAAUCUAAUCUACAUUAACAACUUCUCACAUAACAUAACCCACACAUCCCUGUUAAGAAAAAGAAACUUGGCAAACUUUAAAAGAAUUCACAUCCUCCCACCCUUCUCAUACUUUUUCUAUUAUAGUUUCUCAAGGACGCACCCAGUCAUAAUCAAGGCACCAGACUAUCUCGGGGCACACUGACAUUCACUUAUGCCAUGCAUGAUUUUAACUGGCAUGCCUUAGGUAUGUGGGUCAUAACCAAAAUACCUAGAGAAAACUCCAGAAGCUAUGGAGGGAAAGCAUAAACUCACAGAGAGUGCCCAACAGGGCAGGACACCUGCAGCUUUGAAGCAUGAAUUGCUUGUCCACUGUACUUGAUUUUCAGUUUUUUGUAAUUCAUCACAUUGAGCUGUUGGCUUACUUAAAAGUGUAAGUUUGUAUUCUUUUUACCAUACCUUUAGCAUUAGAUAUUGUCUCCUAAUGUUUGAUCUCUACAUUUUAAUAUGUCCUCUUUUGAACGCCUUCAGUAAAAGUAUUGUUGAGCAGCUCAAACUAACAGCAUACCAAAACAAUGCAAAGCAAAACAUGGGGAGCCUUGCCUUGGUUUUUGUUAAAUUCCCUUGUUAAAACAGAAAAGGUAAGUAAUUAAAAGAGAAUUAAUUAGCAGUCAUAGUUGUAAGAAUAGAUCCUGCUAUCAUCCAUCCUACAAUACUAUUUACUGUCAAGACAAACAUACAAUUUUUUUUAAUUUAGCAAAGCUGUCACUAGUGUUUGUACUUGUUGUCAUUCAUUCAAAGGGCGAUGUUGUGAAAUUGUUCACCAUGCUGUUCCUGUUGUUGGACAGGCACACAACGUGCAACAGCUUCAUUCUUCUUAAAACUGUUCAUAUGCCCUGCAGGUCUUGCUUCACAUUUUGUUGCAAAUAGUUUGCUGUCCGGGACGUUAGAAAUCUGGUGGUCACACUGGGUCUUGUGAGGAGCAGUUUUCUGUGUUUCAGGCUCCUUUUCAGUUUCUUUGUGAUUUGGACUUCUCAGGCCUGCCUUAUUUUUUUAUUUUCUCUGCUUCUGGCCUAGUUUGACUUGGAGGGAUGGAAGUUCCUGUCAGACUAGGCAGUGAAUGUGAUUGAUGAAAUGUGUCCCAUGUUCACCAAUCGUCCAAAGCAAAGAAAAUGGAGUGGAUGUAAGGAAUCCCUGCCCAAGCAUUUGUAUUUGUUCUGUUUUUCACCCCCCAAGAAUGUCUACAUCUCAACACAUUAAAGCUUCAUUUACUGAAGUGCCAACUUGUACGUUCUUCAAGUUGAAUGAUGAAUUUUGAUUUAUUUGACUCUUAUUCCAAUUAAACGCUUGUUCAUUUCUUUCUUCAUUUAAGUACCCCAUAAAGGGUUUAAACCAAGCUUAUAAAGCCCAAUUUCAGGACUUUUGUUUUUGUAAUAAAAAUGUAAAGUUGCAGGACUUCUGUGUCAUUUCAACAACCAUACAACAUUGGUUUUAGAUUAAUUUGUGACAUUUAACUAAGUAUUCCAUUGUUGCUCUAAAACAGUUUGAAUAUGGUUGGAAUGAAGGAUCUUACCAUUUGAAGUGAUUGUAACAAGUAUUUUUGUAAUACUUUAUUUGAUUACAUCUCAGAUAGAGAUGUGCUUCUUUCUUGCUUUAAUGUUUUAAAUAAAUCAUAAUUUUGUAUU